GCUCCGAAUGUGACAGCAUGCAGUGUGCGGAGCCGGGUUAAAGCCUCGCAUAGCGAGGCUCUCAGACCUCCUCCAGUAAAACAACCGCUGCCUCCGCUUGGAGCUUCGUAAGGGAGAGCACCAGGCCGUACUUGGAUGAGCUGAACCCGCCGGGCCUGCAGAGGGCCCCCGUGCUGCUGGAGCAGGAGGCGGGCCGAGGCCUACAGCACCGGGCUGGGGAACGGCCGCUGUCCGGGGCUCGGUGCGCCCGAGCCGGGUAGGGCGGUACGGACAGCGCGGUGCGUCCUGCGGCCUAGUGCGGCCUAGUGCGGCCUGCAGCCAUGGGGAAGAAAGGGAAGAGGGAGAAGAAAGGGAAAGGGGCCGAGAAGACGGCAGCGAAGAUGGAGAGGAAGGUGUCCCGCAGGGCCAAGAAGGAGGAGGAGGACCUUGAAGCACUGAUAGCAGAAUUUCAGACUUUAGAUGCUAAAAAGACCCAAGUAAUUGAGACGUCCUGCCCACCUCCCUCGCCCAGGCUGAAUGGCUCCCUGUCUGCCCACCCUGAGAAAGACGAAUUGAUCCUUUUUGGAGGUGAAUAUUUCAAUGGCCAAAAAACGUACCUGUAUAACGAUCUGUAUGUCUACAACAUCCGGAAAAACAGCUGGACUAAAGUAGAGAUUCCCAACCCUCCCCCAAGGCGUUGUGCUCACCAGGCAGCAGUGGUUCCCACAGCCGGUGGGCAGCUCUGGGUGUUUGGUGGGGAGUUUGCAUCUCCCAAUGGGGAACAGUUCUACCAUUACAAGGAUCUCUGGGUCCUCCAUUUGGCCACCAAGACCUGGGAGCAAAUCAAAGCAUCAGGAGGUCCCUCUGGAAGAAGUGGGCAUCGGAUGGUUGCUUGCAAAAGACAGCUGAUCAUCUUUGGAGGUUUCCAUGAGAGCGCCAGAGAUUACAUCUAUUACAAUGAUGUGUAUGCAUUCAACUUGGACUCCUUCAUGUGGAGCAAGCUGGCUCCAUCAGGAAUUGGGCCUGCUCCGAGAUCAGGAUGUCAAAUGGCUGCCACACCUGAGGGCAGCAUAGUCAUCUAUGGAGGCUACUCCAAACAGAGAGUCAAGAAAGAUGUUGACAAAGGCACCCUGCAUACAGAUAUGUUCUUGCUGAAGACUGAAGGCUCAGGCAAGGAGGAAGCAGAUAAGUGGGUUUGGAGUCGACUCAACCCAUCUGGUGUGAAACCCACUCCCAGGUCUGGCUUCUCUGUGGCAAUUGGUCCCAACAACCGUUCCCUUCUGUUUGGAGGUGUGCACGAUGAAGAAGAGGAAGAGAGCAUCGAAGGGGACUUCUUCAAUGAUAUUUAUUUCUAUGAUAUUGGGAAAAACCGUUGGUUUCCUGGACAGCUAAAGGUACCAAAGUCAGAGAAGAGGAAGCGAAGACGUGGUAGACAAGCUGAGACAGAUGGUGGAGAUGAUGAGGUAGAGAAGCAAGCCCUGCAAGGCCCAGUGGAGAUGGUCAAAGAGGUGGUGGCAGAAGAUGGGACUGUCAUGACAAUCAAGCAGGUGAUCUCUGGGCCUGCAGAUGAGAAGGAGAGAUCUGAAUCGGAGGCAGAGGAGGAGGAGGAGGAUGGAGCCUUGGGCCCACAAGUGGAACCAUGCCCACGUUCAAAUGCCAUGCUGGCAGUGAAGCAUGGGGUUCUAUAUGUGUAUGGAGGAAUGUUUGAGGUGGGAGAUCGCCAGUUCACCCUCAGUGACCUCUACAGCAUCGACCUGCACAAGAUGGAAGAAUGGAAAGUGCUAGUGGAGAUGGACCCAAAAACACAAGAAUGGCUGGACGAAUCGGAGUCUGAUGAAGAGGAGGAUGAUAUGGAGGGUGCAGAAGGAGGGGAAGAAGAAGAGAGCUCUGAAGAGGAUAGUGAGGAUGAAGGAGGAGAGGAGCAACACCCAUCUGUUCAGCCUGAUGAGAAGCAUGCAGACUAUCUGUCCAGGACAGAGCAGUAUUGGAUCAAAGUAGCCCGCAGCAACAUGGGCCCGGAUGCCAAGGAGAAGAAGGUGGUGAAAGUGGCUCAUGCCAUGGCAAAGACAUUCUAUGAAGAUUCAAUCUAGGCAAUGUUGGGGCUGUUCUGUGAGUGCAGAAACCUGCUGGGAGCAGUGCUUAGCCCUGCUGAAAUCAGCCUGAUGUGCCGGGCAGUCAGUGUGUGUGCCCAGAAGGCUUCCAGGCACUCCAACUCUUGCAUACUCCACAUGAGAACCUUUGGGCUGACUAAUCUCAAUAUGCCUGCUUGAUUAAUGCUCUGAAUAUACUGUUAAUCCCCUGGCGGUUGCGGGAAGGACUUGGGGAAUGGGAUUAUUGCCCAAGCUCUUCUGAGAAUGGAGCAUACCAUACCAUCAUCAUCUUGUUCAAGAGUUGUUUUGUGUCUGUGAAGACAAACUGCACAUCACAACGGUUCUCUAGUCCCAGGUUUCUUGUCCUAACUGGGGCCAGGACUUGUCUCCAAGGAUUUCUACAAUAAACUUACUUGGUUGGUUACAUCAUCUUGGUUCUCUUAAUUAAUCCCCUACUUGCUUUACUUUUCCUUAGCUCUUGCUUGUGGAAGAGUGAUUGCUGUCUCCCCUUUGUAAUAUUCAGGUAGUGGUCAUAAGGUAUACAUCCCUUCUUUCUCGAUUCAACCCUUCUCAAAGCAUUUCUUUCUUUGCAGCAGAGCAGUGCUGUGGUCUAUAGGGACAACAGAUGGGAUACAAGUGUUUCUGUUGCAGCAAACAAUGUCUUGAGUUGACACCAGAAGGGCUCUGGCUGUUCUUGUGCGGGAAGAGCCAGAGUGCUGUAGGUAUUGUCUUGGUGGGGUGUUGCUGGGGAGCCAGCUUUCAGGUGGGCAGUGCUAGGCUCUACCAGGCUAGGAUGUAACAAAGACUAAAUAGAGCUGGUUUAAUUGUCAAGAUUGGUGCUGAUGGCCAUUCUUAGGCUGUGUGAUGAGGAGAUGCUGCCAUGAUGCUGCAAUUGAGGCCUGGCUGUCAGCUGCUGCUGGAUCAGAUGGCUGGUAGUUUUCCAUGUGUUGGAUCCAGAAGGACCUCGAAGAAGGAGCUAAAAGGUGGAUCUGAAAGCUAAGGACAUCACCUGCUGGCUUUUCAGGAAGCUAUUCAGGAAUUCCUGUUCUUUUGGGCCACGCACGUUGUAACCCCACUGUAAGGAACACAGUGAAAUGGGAUUUUCUGGUACGGUUACAUGCAGAGAUGGGAGGAAAGGAAAGGGAUGGGAGACUGCCAGCUGGAAUGUGAUCCACUACAGAGGCUGCAAGAGAAGGUGAGUGGUUUUGUGUCUGACUGCAGCUUAACUUGCAACACGUGGGAUUACUUCUCCCAUCGAUGUGUUUGUUUUAGCAUAACGGGGGCGUGGAAGCAAAUGAGCUGUGGUUUAGCAGGGAGCAGCCGGGGUAACUGGGCUGACCCAGAGCUCAGUGCUGUUUGUAGGUGGAAGGACCCAUUCUUCACAUCCCUGCUCAUGGGACUGUGCUGCCAGCAAAAACAAAGGUUGGUUGUACUGAGUUCCAUGGUUCUGUGCUCCUCAUCUUCCCAAAAGCUGCUGCUCAUACCUAUGAGCCCAGCAGAGGCAGCUGGAGGGGCUCGAGGAACUGACUUUUGCUUCAAGAUCACUAAAACAGCACCACAGCCCCAAAACCUUCAGCUGUGGAUAUAAAACAGCAGGUAUGGACAACUCAGGUAGAUUUAUGAGCUCCACUGAUAGAUGUUUUCACGUGCCUUGGGUAGGUAUGCAUGGAUCCAGGGCUCGUAAUGCUCUGAAUUACCUCGUUCUCUGGGCUGCUUCUCAAGAAUAUUUCUGGCCUUGAGCAAAUGUGGAAAGCUCAGGACUAAGACAAAUUGCUCAGCUCCUCAUGAUUUAUAAAGGAAUCGUUAUUUUUAAGCACGUGGUGCAGGAGCUGAUUAAUAUCAGGCUGUGGUUGUCUCUUGUGCUGAACCUCAGCUUGACCAAGGAUUUGUCCUCAGAAACAGAGAGAUGGAAAAUCGGAGUUGUUUGCUGUGCUGGGUUGGCCACGUAAGGCGAAAACAGGAACAAGUGGGGCCUGCAGCCUGGAAAAGCUCCUCUGUGUGAUGGGUAACGAGGCAUUUUUGCUCUGUUUUAUGCCUAUCUAAAUAUCAGACUCUUUGCAGGGGACUGUUUGACCCGCUCCUAUAGGAUCCUGGUGUCAGACACUCAACAAACAUUCAUUAAGAAACUUCUCCAGAGUCCUUAAGAGCUGCAGCCAACGUUACAAAACACAGCACAGCUGAGCGCCUAAGGCUGCAAUCCCUAUAUAUUGUUGUUGGGUUCAUCUCAGGUAGGCAGCAUCCAACCACAAUAUAUCGUCGUUGGGGUUCAUCUCGGGUAGGCAGCGACCGCUGAAGGGUGAAAAGGAUGAAUGAGGAGCAAAGAGGAAACACCAAAGAGUGAUGAGGUGCCAGGAGGAUGGAGAGCUAUUGUGGUAUCCAUGGGAGAAGUUGUGUUGGUGUUACCUGCCCUCUGCCUGAAAGGGAGCUGUGGAGGAAGGAAAGCUGCGACAGGGAAUGAGAAAAGACCAUGGACAUGUUGGAAGCUGGAAGAUACAUCCUGCAUUACAGAGUGCAAAAAUACUACAUGCUCAGAGCCCAAGCAUGAUGGUCUGAAACGGUCCACGGCAAGAUGUAAGAGACGAACCCACCACCCUCUCCCCGCUCUCUGACCAUGCUCCAAAGCUCCUCCCCGGAUGCUUUGUAUAAAAAUCAAACCCAAAAACACCAAAAAAAA